GCGCUUUGCCAAACGAGAGAGAUGACUGCGGAAGUGAAGUCAAACAAUUUGUAAAGUAGCUGCAAACACCGCUUUUGUCAUGUACACUUAGAAUUAUACACCCACGGGGGUUUAUCCAAGAUGAACAGGAAUGUCUCAUCAAGUUUGGGCGAGUUGUAUCGUCGAGGCAGUCCUGGAGAGUUUCCGCCUUAUUUUGUCCCCGCGAUGAUGACGCCUCCUCCAAGGAGCCCGACAAGGUCCUCUCUGCCUCACGAGGGAUUUGGCUCCAGAAAUGAAUACUGGAACAGGGUUCAAUCAGCUAUAGUGACAGUAUUCCAACAGAAGAGAAUAGAUCCACUUGAGUUACCAGAAAUCCUGGAAAUAGUCAGAGACCUGGUCAAGUCUGAUGUCGGGCCAUUCAUUUAUGAAUUUUACAGGGACCAGUUGUUGAAAAAGGGAAUGGUGAUAUUAAGAGAAAAGAUAAAACACUACAGAGACAAGGAGCUAUUAUACCACCUUGGAGAAUUGUGGAACAAAUUUUUCAGAGAGAUUUUGCCCUUGAUUCAGGCCAUACUUCAGCCAAUACAGACAAAGGAACUCUCUAUCCGCCAAGUCACUCUGUUGGGAUUUAGAGAUAUUGUUUUGCUAAAAACUGAGUUUGAAGCAUGUGUAGGGGCAGGGUUUGAAAUUCCACCUGCCGUUACUCAAAUGUUGUUAGUGUUGCAGAGGUUAAGAGAGAGUCUCCCCCCAACAGAGAAUUUCUUCAAGGUGGAGUCCCUGUUAGCCCAGAUAGUAGACCCGUAUCUUGGGGUACGAGGCUACUACGAGGGUGGCUCAGAGCCCAUCAUUCCCGCAACAGUGGUACCAGAGGUCCUGCUGAGGUCAAAGUCUUCAGGUGACAUACUAGGGGAGAUGCGUAAAAGCAAACCACAAAUGCACCGUCCUCUCAGUAUGCAGCAUCCGGCGUCCAGGGUCCUCAGUCAACAUGUCCGCCAGCAGAGCGCCUCCAACAUUGUGAUAGGCCCCAUGCUGGAUACACUGGAGGAAUACGAGCCGUAUCGUAGACACAGCUUGGCGUGCUAUGACCGUGAAGGAUCGGAAGUUUGAUCCCCUGUGAAGGAUGAUUUCCCCUGAGUUUCGGAGAUUUCUGGAAUCUAACCUCUCUUAUCAGUAUGACUCCCAUGUCUCCUGUAUCUCAGGGUGAUUGGUGCGUACUUCUGGUGCUGACAAAAUUUCUAGCAAUUUCUUAUUUUUGUCUUAAUUUCAUGAAUUGUUUUGAUAAUGAAAAUUUUAUUUUGAAGCACCACAGUGCAUGUUUCAACACUGUAAGUUCUGAACGUUCAAAAUAACUUUUUCAUCAUGUAAUUCUACCAUACCAGAGAUUUUUUGCUGAUUUUUUAAGUGUUUGGAAUAAGAUUAUUAUUGUUGUUUAAGUAUAGAUUUUCAACCAUAACUUAUUCCCAAGAAGUUCUAGUUAUUUCUUCAUUUAUGUUAGAAAUUUUGAUGUAAAUGCUUAUAUUAUACAGCAAAUUCACAAUUUGUAUUUAUACACAUUAUUUUAAUUUUUGUUAAUUAUAAGUUUGAAUCAUUGUUUUUUUGUUUUUUUUUCUUUUAUAAUUGUCUUGAAAAUGCUGCCAAUCCUGGUAUGUUAUAUGAUAAGUGAUCAUUUUUUUUUCAAAUUCUGUCAGGGAUUAUUUAAGAAUCAAUACCAGGGAAACCAAAAUGUGAUCUCAAUAAAUGUCAAAGAAGUUGUGAUGUAGCCAAAUAAAAAACCCAAAAAGGCAUGUUCUUAUAUUGCAAAAAGGUGAUUCUGUGGUACUGAUUUUAUUUAUUGUUAGCAAAUCACCUUCCAUAAGGUUAGGUGAAAAUCUUAUUUAUUGUUACACCAGUUGCAGAGUAAAGAAUAUAUUAUGCAUUGAAUUACUUAUAGUAUGACAAAGACUAUGCUAUAAGGAAUAUACUUAAACAAAUGGUUAUUGCAGUUAUGUUCCAUAUGCCUUCGUUUAGUAUUCAAUCUUUUUGCACAUUUUCUGUUAGUGUUUGUUGUACCGUCAACUAGAUGGUAUUGUAAUUUUUACAAAAAAGCAAUAGACAUACCUGUUACUUUUGUUUUAAUCUUAUAUACACUUGUAUAUAUUUUUAUUAGUGGCACACUUCAUAUAUCAUUAUUGUAACCAAUUGUUUUAUUUGCACAAAAACUUGUCCUCAGAACUAUGCCACAACUACUUAACCAUAAUUCAAGAUUUAUGCUGAAUACUUUGUGUUUGAUUGCUUAGAUAUUUGAAUUAGAUCUCAUGUUAAGAAAAAUGACAUUUUAUUUGUAAAAGUUAAAGUUAAAUAAUUCUUUAAGAUUUACUUUGGUAUACUGUUAUAACUUUGUUGUACCAAAUA